CGUCAGCGGGAGCUGUUCAAAGUGGUGUGGUGCUGAAGAGACAACUCUCCUCGCCUCUCCUCUUCGCUCAGUCAGCCAGCCAGUCACUUGCUCGGUCGCUCGGUUGGUCUGCAGCCAUCAGCUGGUCCGUGAACGCUGGAUUUCACCGCCUCAAAGAUCGUUAAUUAGCGCUCGAACAUUACAGGAGGACAAAGAAGACAAAAAAUAAACCGUUUACACAUCAACUGAAGCCCAUGUGGGAGAGAUUUCCAACAACGGGAUCUUGGUUGUGUAAUGGUACAGAUAUAUCCCUGCUGUCUGUAAUCAUCAGCCCGUGUGUGUCCACUGAGGCAAGUCUUCCAGCCGCGCCUAAAUCGUACCCUGUGCCUGCCUGGGGUCCUGAGGAAACGGUGAUGUUUAAUGGCCUCCCCCUACCGAGGUUGCUGGAGUCCUCUCAAUUAUAGAUCCAUCAUCAACGGAAAAGCUCUUAUCAUGGAAACCCCCUACCUCCAGACAGCGCUCCAUGAACCCUCCUGUAGAGGGUGUAAUUGCUGAGGGACGGGUAGUGAGACUGAGACAAGAUUGCCCGUGAAGAUAAAAAUCACCCAAACCAUGUAGUGUACCUCUCUCCAAGGAGGGGGGAGGGUCUACAUUCGAGUCUGAUUUAUUUUUUAUUUAUUUCUGUUUAUGUAAUCUCUAGAGCAGAUUUGUGUUAGCUUCAUUAAAGAGUGGGUGUGGACAGAGCGUGCAAGGUGAGGAGAAAGCGACAGAGAGGAAGGAAGAGAGAGAAAGAAGGAAAGAGAUGGUCCUCCACACCACCCCUUACUCCAGUGCCUGUCUGCACUUCCUGGAUGGCUUGUCGUGGAGCCUGGUGUUCCCCUGCUACUGGCUCCUGGACCGACUCCUGGCCUCCUGUGUGGCCACCUCACUGGAGAAGCGCCAACGCUCCCAAGACCCCUGCUCUUUCCUCACUCUGUGUGUCCUGAUUUCCGCACCCCUUUACCUGCUCCUCCUCCUCGCCUCCCUGCCCUUCGCCCUGCUGGGCUUCAUCAUCUGGGCUCCCCUGCAGGCCAUUCGCAAGCCUUACCUGUACACCUACCGCAGACCAGACAAACAUCAGGCUGAGCAGGGCCAGGCCGGGCCAGGAGGUGUUGGGAUUGGGGAAUGGAGGCCACAGGGCAGAAGCUUCUGUUUCUGUAGUGCCAACGUAUGCCUGCUGCCCGACUCCCUGGCCAGGUUCAACAACCUGUCAGACACCCACAGGAGAGCCCGGGAGCUGGGGAAGAGAAUCCGCAAUGGUGCCAGUCGGCCUCAGAUUAAAAUCUACAUCGACUCACCUACCAACACUUCUAUUAGUGCGGCGUCCUUCAGCAGCCUGGCCACAGGUUUCCGCCGUACCUCCUCUCUGGACCAGCGUCCAGACCAAACACACACCAUCAACGGCCCAGCCGACACCGAAACAGAACCCCUCACAGAGUGCCCAAUUCACCCCUCAGGUGCCACCGACUGCCCCGUUCACCCCUCUGCAGGAGACCAGGGCUCCUCUGAAUGCCCCCUUCACCCAGAUGGAGCAGACAAGACAGGAGACUGCCCCCUCCAUUCUGCAGGGACUAACAGCAGCUCAGACUGUCCUGUUCACACCUCAGGGGAGGCUCCAGACUGCCCCAUGCAUUCCACAGGGGCUCAGAGUGGCCAAGGCCAUCAUGAUUGCCCCAUGCAUGGGGAAGGGACCCAGCCAAAACCAUCCCCAGACUGCCCACUUCACACCUCAGGGGUUCAAAUCAGCAUCAGUGCCCCAGAGCCGGACCCCCAGGAGGAGGAGGCCGAAACAGGGAACCAUCGGCCUGGGGAGCAGGCAGGGGGAGACACAGGCAGCAUGACUGCCUCCAGAGAAUCCCUCGCUCGUUACCAUGGAAGUGACGGCGGCGUAGGGAUAUCCUCCAACAAUACUCUCUCUCACGUCCCUCGCACAUCAAUCUUUAAGCGCCCUGCACGAAAACGCCGCCACGGAGAUGAGACGUUCGACCACGAGAUCUCUGCCUUUUUCCCAGCCAAUUUGGAUUUCCUGGCUCUACAGGAAGUGUUUGACCAUGGAGCAACGACAAGACUGCGGCGACAGUUGCAUCGCUACUUCCCCUACGUGCUGAGUGAUGUUGGGCGGUACGGCUGGAAAGGCUGCUGUUCAAGGUUCAAAUUCCUGAACAGUGGGCUGAUGCUGGCCAGCCGCUACCCAAUUCUGGACGCACGGUACGAGUGCUACCCCAACGGGAAAGGAGAGGACGCACUGGCAGCUAAGGGGGCACUGUUUGCCAAGGUUCACGUGGGCACUUCCCAUCAGGAGCAAAGGAUUGUGGGAUACCUCACAUGUACGCACCUCCAUGCCAUAGAAGGUGAUGCAUCUGUGCGUUGUGAGCAGCUGGACCUGUUGCUCCAAUGGGGGGCUGAGUUUCGCCAAUCCUCAUCCCAAACACCUGCAGGAGAGAAGGUGCUGGAAGACCUGGUGGCCUUUGAUGUCAUCCUGGGAGACCUCAACUUUGAUAACUGCUCAUCAGAGGACAAGCUGGAGCAGCAGCAUGCACUUUUUACUCAAUACAAGGACCCAUGUCGCCUGGGGCCAGGGGAGGACAAACCAUGGGCUCUCGGUACUUUACUGGAUCCCAGUGGCCUUUAUGACGACGAGGUCGGUUCACCUGAAAGUUUACAAAAAGUGAUGGAGAACGAGGAGGGGAGGAAGGAGUACCUGGUGUUUCCUCCCAGUAAAAGCCAGUGUCCCGCCAGCAGUCAGAAGGGGAGGAAGAUCCCACUGAAGGGUAACGGACGCCGGAUCGACUACAUCCUCUGCAGCGACGAGGGCCUGCAGCAGGACUGGAAACUGGAAAUUGAGGAGUUCAGCUUCGUCACCCAGUUGGCUGGCCUCACCGACCACCUGUCUGUGGCCAUGCGAUUGGCUGUUUCCACUGGGGAAGAGGAGCCUUAGAUUGACCACCUGAGCUUUUUGAAAAUACUGCCAUGGAGGAAUGACAGACAAGCAGGAAGAAGAAGAAGAGAUUAAGAGUUUACAGAUAUGGAGCUGCUUGAGAGAGACAAAAUGCAGUUCUGCGAGAGGAUUGAUGGGACAGUAAAAUGGACGGAUGAAUCACUGGAGGAGCGUUCAGUGGAUGAAUGGAUAAAAAGAAGGUAGAGAAGAGUGGCAGGAGAGGAGUGCUAUGAAAGAGAAAGACUCUGGAGGGGAGAGAUAAGCAGGAAAAUUCAGUUUAGAAAGCCAGAAAGAUAUUCAUCUUCCUGGGUAAACCACCCACACACACACACAAACACACACUAAAUACAGUACCUAACACACAAACACAACUGUUCGACAUUUUGACUGUUGAAUAUCGCCAGGCCUCUCCAGUCUUCUCCUCCAACACUCCCUGUUGAACUGAAUCCAGAGGGUUUUAUUUACAGUGAAUUGUUUCAUGUAGCCAAUUUACACACACUCCUUUUAUUGGAUCUGUUUUAGCUGUAGUCUAUGAUUUUUUUUAUUAUUCUACCUUCAGGGAAAGUUGGAUCCUCAUUCUUUAGUGACUCUGUAUAAAAGGAAAACACAUAAUGAAGUGAUGAGAGUGAAGCGUACAGCUACUGACUGGCCUUUACACUGACCGUCUGUGUCCUUGUGUCGUGCUCCUUCCUGAAAGGCUAUUGGUCAGUUCAGCUGUCAGUCAUUCACCUUACUACUCCCACGUCAGUCCCAGGAACCUCAACAAGUGUCUUUUUUUCUAAAAAAAACAAAAACAAAGCUAGUCUUUCUAAAAGGAGAAAAAUAAUAUGAUACAAUUUCUAUUGUCGCCACACCACUUUUAUAGGGAGCUUAAUUGCCUGUUUAAUACUAUAUGGUAUGUUUCUAAAAAAAGGUAUUGUAUAAAGGGAUAUGGCAUUGGAGAAAAAAGUUGUUUGUUUGAUGCAAUGCAAUGCUUAUAGCAUGUUUUUCAGCCAUGACUGGUGAAAAUUAGACAGGACAUUUUUGGUGUAAUAGUGGAAACUGAGGCUUUGCUGAUGCAUGAUGGGAAACGGUACCAGUUUACAACAUUAAUAUAGAGGCUCGAUACACUUGCUUGCUUGAGUCUGGCUGCUUGACGAGUCAAGAAGCAUUUUUCCCUGAAACACACACUUACUGUAUGCCGGUGGGACAUUUGUGCAUGUGAGACACUGCUGAUGACACUUAACACAAAUAAAGGUAUGCACAGAAACAUACUGAGGAUUUACAUAAAGCAGACAAACUAUACACAUCAUGUACAGGGGGAUUUCAGGUGACGUAACAUACCCUUUGGUGGCCAUAUUGGAGGUCCUCAAACGACAACACGUGACUUGGCUGUCUUUGAAAGAGUAGAUAUUGUGAGCUUGUUAGCUAACAAACCACUGUAGCUAUCUGGUUAGCGAGCCGUCACUGUCUUGUGAGCACGUCUGAUUUGUGCACUAGCUGUAACAUACAAUACACAGCCCAGUUUUUGGUUUGAGCACAGUCAGUUGUCCAACGGAUCACCAUGAUAACAGCCAUAUUGUGACGCAACUGCAAAACCUCUUAAUACAGAAACAUUUUGAAGACCUACAGGCUGCACACACCCUGUACAAUAUGCCAAGUAUACGUAAACACUUUUUAUGAAGUUCUAAACGGUCCCAAAGAUUACGACAGCCCACCCACAAAUAUACAGAAUCCAAGAAGUGCAAAGGCUAAUGAAUACAGACGCACAGCAUACCAUGAAGUAGUGUAAUACUACAAUGCAACACAACGUAAGGUGUGUUCAGACUGACAGCAAAACAAACUUGCAUUUACGCAAGUGAAUUUCAUUUCGCUCUGGAGGGCGCAAAAUGAGGCACGACGCAUCCGCCAAAGUUAUAAAUGCUGCAACUUAAGUGAAAACUUUGCAUUUAUCCCAAGGCUUUAUCCAAGAACAAACAGAGAUAAGAAGAAAAGGAGACAGAUCUGUAAGAAAAUGAAGUUUUUAGAUAAGUCAUAUCUUGUAUGUUGUAAGCUAGCGACAGCUGACGUCUGCACAGUGUGUAAAGUGGCUGUUUGAAGCAAAUUAACGCCAACUGCACAAACAGUCCAGCAGUCAAAUUAGUACAAGACAAAGAUUUGUUUCGCAUUCAGUCUAAACACACCUUCAGAAUUCUGCUCCCCUCACCUGUUUAUAUGUUACAGCAUUGACACGCUGCUUCUGCUGCUGGUUGGGCAACAAUAUACUGCAGAUGCACACCAAUGCAGAGAUUACAACCUUUGGAAUAUUGUAAUACAUAAAAAUGCUAUUUUAUAUAGCACUCACAUUAGCAUUCAACUCCCAAUCUGUAACAGACCAUGGUGUCAAACAGGACCUGGAACUUUGUAAAGAGCAGUGUUCAGUCAGUGUAACUGUUAAAAGACCUGUAGAUACUAAAACGGUCCUUGUGUCCCCUGUAGACUGUAGACCUGCUAGCCAUGGUGCUCCCUGUGAACAUAUGCUAUGUUGAGUGAUAGGCCACUACCAUUACCUCAAACUUUAGAAAACAACAUGGAAGCAAGUCUAAACCUAACUGAUCAGUAAUCUUAAAUGAGAUGCAGCCAGAUCUAACAGUUCUGUUUAGAAAAGUAAGCAAACUGACUUUGUACAGCGCAAACUUAACAUACGUAAGUUUGCUAACAUUAGCCACCCUUAGCUAGUGGUCACACCAGACCAGGUGAGGCUGUUGCAGCAAAUCCUCUGAGUGAACUGAAUUGAGCAAGGGUGUGUUUUAUUACUUUUGAAUUCAACUUUUAUUUUUUAUUUUUAAAGUCUGUGUUAUUUCUUCUUUCAAAAAAUGUACACAUUCAUGCUUUAAAAGAUGAGUUGGUUUUAAUGGUGGCUUCCCUAUCACUCAGCUCUAUGUAUGCUAACAUGUUAGCAGAAAACUCCAGAUCAGUGAUCUACCGUACUGGGAACACAUGGAUCAUACUGGUGUCCAUGUUGUCAUCAGUCAACAUGGGACAGCUACUAAAAUCAUGCUGUGUAUUUCUUUUAGAGAUGUGUGUAAAAAUCACUCAUGUAGAAGCCUGUUUCUCUGAAUAAAACAUGUAUUACAGUAACAGUUUAGGUUUUCAGAUACUGUUUGAUUUCCAUGGUCUGCACGGUGAACAAUGUUUACAACAGUUUUUUGACCUGCCUGCCUGUUUCUGCACUAGAGAGGAGCUUUUCAAGUGUCAGUUUCAGCACAGAUGCGUGUGUGCGUGCGUGUUUGGGCAGCUCAUCGUGUUCUGUUUUUUUAAUACAACUGUACUAAUUGGUGUUUCUCUGAACACACUGUGCUGAAAGGUAACAUAGGAUGGACAGCACAGAAUGCGUUUACAGAUGUGGUUUCAGGAGUAUACAUCCUACUGCUGUGAGUGUGCGACUGUGUGUGUGUGUGUGGGUGUGUGCGAUAUGGGUGAGUGAAAGCAGGAAAAAGGUUGUUCUGUUUUGUUCUGUCAUAUUUACAUAUAGUAUGAGUCCACAAGUCACCUGGCUGCUCUGACACUCUAUGUCUCUUUAUGACUCACAUUAUUAGGAAAAUUAUGACUAAUGUAUUCUUCAUAUUACUAAGGUUUGUAUCUGCGCUUUUUUCAAUUCAAGUUUUACCAUGUUUAUAGUGAGUUACAGAAAGGUGCCACAGUUUCCCUGAAAAUCUGCUCUUUGGGUAAAUAAGUUACGGUUUGGGGGCAGCACAGUGGUAGCCGAUGUAAAAAUGUAUUUGAUAACCUUUACUGUUCAACUGUCCUAUUCUAUUACACAACACCCGAAUACUGCCGAACAAUUCAUCAAUAAGCGUGGAGAGACAGUGCAGCAAGAAUCCAAACAGUGGGACUUAUGUAAUGCUACAUCUUCAUGAUGAUUCUACACUUUUGUGCUGUUUUUAAAAGUUGGAAUGUGGAGGUAAUUCAUUUUAUCAUUUGUAGUCUAUUUUGUUUAAUUGUUCCGUGUUUGUAUUUUUGUAUAUUUUUAAUAACGGACUGAAGACAUUGGUGGGCAAAGAAGCUGAUUGGUUGAUUAAAGGUGAAGGUGUAAAGGCAAAUUUUUGGUUUGUGUUGGUGUUGUAUGUUAAUGGUGAUCCCUAUCCCUAAUACAGGAAGGCUAUGUGGUGGGGCCCUGACAUUUCAGUCACUUAACGGCCAACGUACUUGGCGCAUGGAUGCAACGCGUCAUGUAGGCGGAGCGGAGCAAGGUUUUUUACCUGCUACAGAGACUACGUCUUUGUAGCGUGUGGUUGCGUGCCAGCUUCACUGUGUGCAUAUUGAGUUUUGCCAAGUGAUAAUGCAGUUGGUUAUGCAGGGUUUGGAAGUGUAGGCUAUAUUAACUGGUACUGAAUUAAUUAACUGGAUUGUUUUAACUACAGGAUCAUGGAUACACAUUGAUUGAUUUAUUUUAAUGUGAAAUGUAAAAACACCCACAAGGUUGCUUUGCUGCGUCAGAUGUGUUGCGCCGCAUCCGUGUCCCAUGUAUUUUGGCCCUUAGGCGCUUAUUAAAUUAAUUAUGGGAGGAAGUAGGAACUCACCAGAUGGUAGGCAAUCUUCUUAACGAUAUCUAAGGUGAAAAAAAAACUAUAGGUGAAUGUAGAGUAUCAAAACACAAGUGAGAUUCUUCCAUUAAAGCUGCAUUAAUUACUUUUUUUUUUGGCCACUUGAGGGAAAAAUAUCUGCCUUUAGCUGAUAAAUGCUCCACUAGCUAGUCGCUAACUUUGUCUGUCUUGUUUUGCGCUGGGCAAGUGUACAGUGGGUUUAUCAGUGCUUUUUCACUGAAAACAGCUGUCUGUUGCAGCUUUAAAGUCAAUACAAAUUAUGUGAAAUGAAAGCAGGAUUUCUUCAGGGGCGACUGUGGCUUAGUGGUAGAGCGGGUCGUUCACUAAUCAGAAGGGCGGCGGUUUGAUCCCAGCUUCCAGCCCACAUGUCAAAGUGUCCUGGGUAAGACACUGAACCCCAAAUUGCUCCAGAGGGCUGUGAGUGUGUCUUUGAAAGCCAUCAGUGGAUGAAUGUGUGUCAAUGGGGUGAAUGUGAUAUGUAGUUGAAGAGUAGUGAAUAGUCGGAAAAGACUAGAAAGGCGCUGUAUAAGUACAGUCUAUUUACCUUUUCCUCGCUCACCAACUGGGGUGCUGCUCAGCAGCAGUGCGCUUAGUGCUGCCACUGGUGUCUGGACGCUAUAUUACAGUAACACUAAUGAUCAAAACAGCAGUCUAAUAUAUAUACUUUCUAGCAUGGAAUGAAGGACAUUUCUCGCUGUCGAAGUAAAUCCCGUUUUUUGUUACUUUAGACUUGCCUAUCAUUAUUUUUCACCUUAGCAGUUGCUGAGAGGAUUGCCUAUCACCAUAACAAAUAUUAUGAUCGCCUGAGUGACUGAAAUAUUUGGUUUCUAUCUUGUAGCCAUUUAAGACCAUGAUACAUAGUAUGACGGCCGUGGAUCAGGGCUAGGUGUGCCCAGUAUCUCCACAGAGGGACAGUGUUUCUUGGUAAAUGGGGGAUCACAAUGUUUGAAGAAAUCUCCUCUGCCUCAUGAUACUGUUGCUAAUGUUAACAAUCAAGCAACCACAAUGAACCAGUCAUGGUCUCUGAAUUAUAUCUGAGCCUUCACAGGCCCUCUGUGGAGCUACACACUCACCACACACACCACCUGCACUGCCAACACCAUGAGCAAACACAGCACAGGUUGACCAGAAGGAGACAAGCAGGAGAGAACUGCCAUGGAGUGGACAUCACACCCCAACCAGGCCUCUUUUUCCUCAAAUUAUUGUCAAAACAAACAGUGUCAUUAACGGAAUGCAUAAGAAAAUUAGAUUGUCCUGAUGGUCAUCUAACUUGUUAUGUGAUGAGAACGUAGACACCAAAAUAACUGUGUAUCCCCAGUGCUAAAUGCAAACACUUCAGCAAAUAUUAUGUUGAUUGAUAUUCAGGAUAAUAAAGACUAAGGAAAAUCUAUAUCCAACAUGAGCACUCACACAUAAUUAAACCAACAGCUCUUCUCUGGAUAAUUCACAACUAAUGAUCAGCCAGGACUCCUGCAUUAUUUUGGUGUCUAUAGUCUAAAGCAAGCUAAGCAAUGGGUCAAUUGUUGACAAAUCUGUUUUGAGAAUUCCUCAAAUAAUUAGAGUAUUUUGUAGCAUUUCUGAUCACCAAUCACUGUCCCCUUGUGUCCACGUCAAGUUCAGGACAGAAUUAUUCUGCAGUUAGCCAGGGCUCAGCAAGUCCCAGUUGAGCUCAAAACUUUUGUAGCUGUAUGUACUAUAAUAAUGCUUCGGGCUUGUAGUUUCGGUAGAAAUGAUGCCUCAAUUUGCUAUCCUUUUCUGGUUUGAUUUUCUAUUAUUUGUCUCUGUUCAUGUUUUUUUAAAUUGAUUUUUGUCUUUGUAUGGGGGGUGUUUCUCGACGGGGUCAUCUAGCUUGGUCUCUGUAAUGUUGCUGGGGAAUCAAUAGCUUUUCUCUUUCUAAGCUUCUUCAACAAAUUAUUAUUUUGUUCUGCUUUUUUAAAAAACAAAGGAGUUUUCCCUUUU